CGCGCGCGGCUCCCCUCCUCCCUUCCGGUUCCCAACGAUGGGCAGCUCCAGCUUUGGGCCCAAGGAAUCACUGCUGCAGAGGCUGGGGCUCCGGCCCCCUGUGUUUAUCAUACACACCCCCUUGCCCCUCCAGAGAAGCGGGGGUUACCGCGUAGUGAUAGCUGGCUCCGCUGGCGUGGGUAAGAGCGCCCUGGUGCAGAGAUGGGCACACGACACCUUUCGCAAUCCAUACCUGCCAACCAUUGAAAAUAAUUACUGCAAGUUGUUGGGCUGUGACCAUGGCGUGACUGCCCUGCACGUAGCCGACAGCGCAGGCGGCCACCCCUACCCUCCUCUGCAGCGUCUUGCAGUGACCGAAGGCAACGCCUUCAUCCUGCUCUACUCAGUCACCAAGAAGGAAACCCUGGAGGAGCUGAAGCCCUUUUAUGACCUGAUAUGUAAGAUCAAAGGUGAUGACUUGCAUAAGUUCCCCAUCCUGCUGGUGGGCAAUAAGAGUGAUGAAAACUGCCGGGAGGUGGCUCUGAGUGAUGGCGCCACCUGUGCGUUGGAGUGGAAUUGCGCUUUCAUGGAGAUCUCGGCCAAGACGGAUGUGAAUGUGCAGGAGCUGUUCCACACGCUGCUGACCCAUAAGAAGCUCAGUGCUUGCCUCCAGGGUCCCCGGAAGAAAUCUCAGAUGCCUAAGACGACCGAGAAGCUGCUUGACAAAUGUAGCUUCAUGUGAGCCUUGGGCCUAAGGAGCUCGAUCUGCCUACCCUAUAGUGCAUAGAAAAUGUGGGCUGGUCUGUGUUACCUGCACGUGACCGUAUUUGUGUGUGUACGCACGCAGUGGUUUAGACAGUAACAACUAGAUGAACAUAAAUGUGCCUUGUGAGUUAGUAACUUACUUUUCUCAGGCAAGAGAAUUCAGAUUGUUAAAACAUUGGCAUUUGAGAACAAAAAAGUACCACGAUGCAUUUAAAAUAAGAUCUUUAAUAGUAACUUUGAUAAGGGAAAAUGUUUUGGAAAGAAUAAAACACAAAAAUGAAUUGGAAAAUGCCACAGCCCUUUGGGUAACCCUAUUAUCUAUUAUUUUUAAACAUUUCAACUCCUGUAAGUGUUUAAUCAUGUCUUUUCAUUGUGUAUUUAUUAGUUAAGAAAUGUGUUUUCACAACACUUUGAAAAAUUGCUGUGAGACAGAUACACUAAAGAGACAAACAAAAAUAUUCUAUACAUGAUCACUGGGGGUGGGAGCAGAGAAAAAUGUGAAAAUAGAAGUCUCUCACCAAAGAU